UCGAGCUGCCACAUAGUGGAGUGAACUAUCGGAUCGCAAGAUCUGUGGUUCGAGCCAACAUGCCCGUUUUUUUUCAUCAAAUAUUUGUAAUGGUUGGGAUAGGUUUAAUUGAAGGGAAAACACCACGAGAACCUACUUGCCUUCCAUCCACACAGAGUGAUAAAUAAUCACGUAUAGGGUGAUGUGAUUGGUUAAAAUACGAUGUACACAUGUAUGCUGCAAAAAAAAAUACGCAGACCGGACAAAUCAGCCUAAGCUGUACGGUAGCGGCUGCUCGCUCGUAAGACAGCCUUGGUCACCAAAGCUAUCAAGUGGAACGAAAUUGUAAUAGAGUAUCAUAUUGCAUUAUAUGUUCUACGAUGCACGGAAUAAUGUGGAUACUCAGUCAUUCUACAAGUGUUAGUUACUAUUAUCAAUUUGAAUGAAAACUAUCCAUGUGUAUAGUUACACGUCUGCACGUAAUAUAAGGCUAGUAUUGUGUGCUGACCCGGUAUAUGGAGCGUUGGAUUAGUCAUCAUAAUAUUAUUGUUCACAUCGGGCAACAUUGAAACAAAAUUGAAAUUGCUGGCUUUUAUAGCAGACACAUGACCUUGUAUCCAUUUUCGAUACGGAAACUCUCGCAACUUUCUGGAUAAACCUCGCAAAAUGCGCAGAAAUUAUGAGUCUGAGGAGAAUAUGGGAAGCGGCGCUACCGAGGCAGUGAUGGGGGAGAAACCACGGGUGCCUGACGGCGGUUGGGGAUGGCUGGUGGUGGUCGGAGGACUGAUCACGUUCCUUCUAUGGAGUGGAUUCUUGAAAGCCAUGGGAGUUUUGCUUCCGAGUUUGACGGUUGGUUUGACGCAUAAUACGGCACUGACUGGUGAAGUGGCCGCUAUGGUUGCUGGCGUUAGGAGCUUGACAGGCCCUCUCGCUGGACCAAUCGGUGAAAGAUUUGGCUACAGACCUGUUGUCAUGGUGAUGAGUUUGAUAGCUGCUUGUGGUAUCAUCUCUGCAUCUUUUGCUCAGACAACGAUCCAGUUCCUCUUAUGUUUGUCAGUCAUAUCAGGUGUAGGUUUCUCGGCUCCUAUCAUCCUGACUAAAGCCAUGAUUGGCCGUUACUUCGACCAUCGCUUUGCUCUGGCUAUGAGCCUCGCUAGUGCAGGUGACUCUCUGUCUAUGAUCAUCAUAGCGCCUACGGCGCAGGUCCUACUAGACACCUAUGGAUGGAGAGGCGCUCUACUCUUGUAUGGUGGACUGUGUCUGCAUAUAAUCGCUGCGGGGGCGCUGCUCAGAAACCCUCCUAGUUCAGAUGAAGAUAAGUCUGGUUAUACCUCCAUCCCAAGUGCAGAUGAGAUUACAGACCCCACUAAAGCCACUGAUCAAGCUCCUGCAAGAUCCAAAUCGCUCCUUGAAACCUUCAACUUGUCAAUUUUCACCAAGUUUGUCUUCUGGAUGAUCGGUCUAGUCAUGUUAGGAACCUAUUUGAUUGGGAUCUCCUGGUACUUGUACUUUAUACCACACGCAAAGGCUAAGGGAUUUGACUCCAGUCAGGCAGUGACUUUCGUCGCGGCAGCAGGCGUUGGACAAAUUAUCACCAAGAUUGUCUGGGGUAAACUCAUUGACCAGCGGGUAGUCAGCGUCAGAUUCGGUCUUGUACUCUGUAUAACUCUGUGUUCAUUGGCACUAGCCAUAGAUCCGUUUCUUAAUACGUUCUGGCCCAUGAUGAUUGUGACCAUAAUCUUUGGUAGUUUCUUCGGGUUGGUGUACUGCUUGGUGGAUGUCUUGGCGAAGGAGAUAGCGGGAGAGGACGGCCUGGCGAGUGCCUUUGGAUACAUCGAUCUGGUCGGUGGAAUCGCUAGAAUAUUCCUGGGAUCAGUGCCCGGUUGGAUCUAUGAGCGGACAGGUAGUUAUGAUAUUGCUUUUGUUGUGUUGGGUGGAUUAUAUCUCAUUGUUCUGAUGCCUGUCAUAGCUGAAUGGAUCAUCCAUAGACGUCAGGUACUGUCCAACGAAAAGCACAGUGACAAGAGCUAAGCUACAUAGCUACAUACAACCCUAUAUUCGAAGGUUCAGUGAUGCUUGCUGGCCGGAAAAGAGUUCAGCCCACUGAGACAGAACAACCCUCCAUUGUUAUGUAAAGUGCAUCUAGUCAGGCAGAUUGGCGCACAAUAUGAUGGAAUUGUUCAUGUGAUGAAAAAAGCAUGACAUGUGGCACACAGUCAGAGUAUAA